GCACCUCACGCGGUGAGCAGGUCUGCAGCCAUUGUGAUUCGCCGCUUGUGAUUGCCGAAAAGACAUCUCUCUCCUCUUUUCGUCUCUGCAUUGCCUCUUUUCCCUCGCUUCCACAACAGAUAAUCGCCUCUGCUUUGCGCUCGACAUUCAGCCCAGCGCAUCAUCUAGCACGCACAUAGAGCGUCUGUCCCUGGCGUGCACAAGAAGAAAGCGAAGCAGUGGACAAGCCCCCUGCUCAAACCUCAAGCGCAUCUUUGUAGUCUGUGUGCAACUGCUAUAGCCAAGCUGAAGCCAGGCUUCCCGCCCUACACCAAAGCAUCGAGAAAUACGGGACCAGAGUCGUAGCGCAAUUUGUGACCCGCUGCAACGCACUGCGAAGCUGCAAGCUCAAAGCCUAGUCGAACAGCCCUUGGUGGUGAACAAGAUGGCAGACGCAGGCGAGGAGGUGGAUUAUGAGGGCCUGGGAGAGGGUUUCCCCCUGCACAUCAACAUGAUUGCUGGAGCACUAGCCGGCAUCAGCGAGCAUGCAGUCAUGUUCCCCGUAGACGUCAUUCGAACCCGCAUGCAAAUACUUUCAGCAUCUCCAGCAGCCACCUACUCGGGUGUAACAGAAGCGCUUCGCAGGAUAUCUUCGGCAGAAGGAGGAAGAGCAUUAUGGAGAGGUGUGGCGAGCGUGGUGAUGGGUGCCGGUCCUGCUCAUGCAGUGUACUUCGGAACCUAUGAGGUCGUCAAGGAGGCGACUGGAGGUAAUAGGAGCGGUCAUCAGUUUGCGAGCACUGCAUUCGCUGGAGCUUCGGCUACUAUUGCUUCUGACGCAUUUAUGAACCCAUUCGAUGUGGUCAAGCAGAGGAUGCAGAUGCACGGAUCCACGUAUCGAUCUGUGCUCACCUGCGCAUCUGAUGUCUACAAGCGGGAAGGUCUGAGGGCCUUCUACGUCUCAUACCCAACAACGCUCGCCAUGACAGUUCCAUUCACGGCUGUGCAGUUCAGCACCUACGAAUGGGCCAAAGAGGUCCUGAAUCCCUCAGGAUCUUACAGUCCCACCACACACGCGGUAGCAGGUGGAUUCGCAGGCGCUGUGGCUGCAGCAGUCACAAACCCUCUGGAUGUGGCCAAGACGCUCCUGCAAACGAGAGGCAACUCUUCGGACGCGGUCAUUAGGAAAGCGAGCGGAAUGCUUACAGCUUUCAAAAUCAUUCACGAAAGGGAAGGGCUCAAGGGCUUUGCACGAGGUCUCUCUCCGCGCGUACUCACCUUCAUGCCCUCCAACGCUUUGUGCUGGUUGUCGUACGAGGGCUUCCGAUGGUUUCUGCGCGAUCAGACGAGAGAAAAGUUUGUCGGAUGAUCGACUCUUGCGGAUAGCAAAAGUAGAGCAUACGGCUGUGGCGCAAGGUCAAGAGCGACUGCUACAGACUGGGAUGAAAGCGAAGCAAGGUAUGACGUGCUCAAUCUGGUAUACCGUUGGUCACGAAAGGAGGACUGGCUGGGAGCACAAUCUUGCUCCUGUUGCAAAUCGACUCGAGAGCGGGACACUACACAAAAGUUUCAAUCUUUAAGCGUCACUCUUAAAACCCCUCACGCGCAACGCCGAUGCCAUCAUGCGUUGCUCAUUGUCUGACUUGGCGAGGAAAGCGUCGGGCGAGGCGGCUUUGCAUUGCAAAAGCGUGACGAUGCG